GCCAGCAGUCGUAGUUUUGUCGGGAUUGUUUUUAUUUUUGUUAAUUUUCAACGUUUUUUCAAUUGUUAAUUGUUUAAUUGGUCAUUAUUUUCAAAAUUCCAAUAUAAAGAGCGAAAACUUCUCCGCGGUUCUCACAACCGAAGCGACUCCUUGCGCGUAACAAAAGCUAAUUAAAUUACACAAAAAGACAAAGCAUCUUCUCUUGUCUACGUCAUUUGCUAUUUUCGUACCACUCAACAACAAAUUAUUCUCCUCUAUUAUGGAACAACAAAAACAAAAUGAGGUGGUAGUGGCCGCAACUCCCACCACAGCACUGGGAGCUCUCGGAGAGGAACAACUGGACAUCGAUGAUAGCAUGAAGCACUGUUUUGAGAACCUCAUUGUUAUUGACGUAGGCGCAAAUUUGACCAACAAAAAGUAUAGCCGUGAUCUGGAUUCCGUUGUUCAAAGAGCAAGAGACGCAGGUGUUCAGAAAUUAAUGGUGCACGGCACUUCGGUCAAAUCGAGCAAGGAAGCGCUGCGCCUCUCGCGCAUUUAUCCCGACAUAAUCUACUCGACUGCUGGCAUUCAUCCGCACGACUCAAAGUCCAUUGUGGAGGAGCCGUCCACAUGGUUCGACUUUGAGCAUAUUGCACAGGCGCCGGAGUGCGUAGCCGUUGGUCCAUGCGGUCUGGACUAUCAGCGCGAUUUCUCCGAACCUGAUGUGCAAAAACAGAUAUUUGCCAAGCAAUUGCAGCUGGCAAUUCGUCUGAAUAAACCUCUGCUAAUCCACGAGCGAGCGGCUCAACACGAUGUACUCGAAAUACUCGACAAAUUCGAGAAUCUACCGCCUGUGAUUAUUAGAGGUUUUAUGGGCACAGCCGAGGAGGCACUCAAGUAUUUGGAUCGACGAUUCUACAUCAGUUUAACUGGCUACUUGUGCAAGGACAAAUCAGAUACCGGCGUACGCAGGCUGCUUGAUAAUGGCACGCUUCCACUGGACAGACUGCUGGUUGAGACAGAUGCACCGUUUAUGUAUCCUAAUACGAGAGCUUCCAAGUUACCGCAGCAUGUCAAGAGUGGCAUUACGGAACGUUCCUUACUUUACUUGCACAGAUAUUGCACCUUUCAACGUAAUGAGCCUUGCAGCCUGCCCGCAAUUGUGGAAAUGAUCGCGGCAUUCAUGAAGAAAACGCCGGAUGAAGUCGCCUUGGCUACGGCCUUCAAUGCCCUUAAGCUUUUUGGCUUGUCCUAAAAAUGAUGGUGCCGUAUUAGAAAUGAAUUGAGCCUGAGACUCAUACCAUGUGCCUUAACUACUAAUCGAAUUCAGGAUGUACUUGUCCUGACACCUUAACACAUAAACACACAGCGAACUAUAAACACACACAUACACAACUACGACGCAUUCGCAUGCAUGAUACGUAUACAUGUAUACAAACUAUCACAUACUCCUAAUCCCUUCCCCUAUCAUUAGUAGUUCGAAUUUUGGAUGAGAGAUCGCAGAGAAGUAGCUUUUAAGUUGUUGGUAUACCAUAAACAAACGUGUUGUUUAUUUGAAUACUCCCCAAGAAGGAAAUGAAAUAGGUGCCGAGGUGAUGUCAAGUGAUCUGAACAAUUUGCACUCGUUCACUAUUUUCACACAUCGUGACGCGGCUUCAUUAGGCGUCUCUAAAUGUUAAAUGCUGCAGUUUACAUGUAUGUAUUUGUUUUUUUCUUUGUGGUCGUAUAUAUUCUUUUUAAUUUAGUAGUGCUUAAGGUUUAUUUUAGCUUCAGUUUUUUGUCUGUAUUUACAGACCUGCCUAUUAAGUCUUUUUGUUAAGUUAAAUAGCAUCUACACAUAGUAUAAUUUUUUGUAAAUAUUUAUUUUUGUUGUUCGUUGCAAAUGACUGCGAUUCGAAGAGAUUUCUGAUUGUGAGAUGAAUAUGAGAUGAUUUUGGUAAACGUGAUGUGAUCAUUUUAUGAGCUAUAUACUAUAUAUAUAUAUUUAUAUAAUAUUCAACAAAACCACAUUUGAGUUAGUGCUAUGAAACUACACACACCGCAUACCUUACACUACACCCUACACAUAUUAUAUUAUAUUUUGUUAUAUUUACAUUAUACAAUGAUGUUGUACUGAACUGAUCAACUAACGGAGGUGCAUGAAAAACAGCUUUGUGCUCUUUGUUCGCACACACUCACACCCUAUUUUCCAUUUGAAUAAAGAUAAAAACGAAUUUAAAAAACAAUA